AUGUCUUUCCCUACCCCCGCCCGCGCCCGGGGCAUCUCCGGCGCCGCUGCAGCGGGCGAGACGCUUGUCCUACAGCGCCUCCUCCUGGACAAGGCGCCGACAACAAGCCGCAAAACACUGCUCUAUACUAUAGAAUGCCUUCAAAUGAUCCACAGCAAAGCUAAGCCAUCCAGGAACCAUCUACCCAUUCUUCCCAGGGUGGGGAUUGAGGAGCUCUCCAUCCAGGCAGUGGGGUCCUAUCUGCUGCUCUCCACCUCUCGGAAGCUCGAGAGGAAAUGGGGCUUCCCUUCGACUUCUGAGCUCAGCUGGACCCCAUCCGGGGCCCCAGGGGAUGCCUGCUCAGAGAUGGAUGCAGGGGCGCGGGGAGGGGCGACUCUUACCCGGAGGCUGCCGAGCGGGAGGCGGCGGUCGGCCAGGGCGGCUGCAGUAAUCCAUUGGGCGCUGCCGGGCUUCGCGCACUCGGGGCGGCAGGGAUCCGCUCGUGUUGGGGAAGGAGUCGCGUCGGAACCGCGCGGCUGCAGUCACCCGGAGCAGGCCGGCCGCUCCCGGCGAGCGUUGUCGGCGCCGGCGGGGGCCUCCGAGCCCAGGGCUAUUUCCGGGCUCUCCCGCCCGCCGGGCUCCCCACCGGCUCCGGAGGCGGCAGCGGCGCGGCCCGAGCAAAGCGGCGGUGGGGCCACGUUGGGCGCCGGGCGGGAGCGGAGGCCGCCGCGGACCCCGCAAUCCCGCAGCCGGCGACUGGAUCCCACCUCUGCAGAGACAAAGAUGCCGGAACAUUCAGCAAACACCAGGGAAGCAGAGGACACAAGCUUGGAUGUGAAAUAGCAACACCUUCUGCACUGAAGAAUAAUAAAACAAUGUUUUUAAUUACAAAAGAAAAUGUGUAAGAAAAGUGUAAAAAUACGUGGGGCAAGUUUUGGGGGCCCUUUCUAAGCUAGAACACUUUAUACUGGUCUGUACAUGUGGAACUGAACAGAGAUUGCUCACUUCUAAAAUAUUCUAAGAAAUAAUCUCAAUUGUCAGUUUCCUCCUACCCAAAUAAAAGCGGAGCUUUGUGACCCUCCUUUUCAGCUUGGGGAAGGAGGGAUGGGAAAAAGACAUUGCAUUGUUGAAUAGGCAGCCAUAUUUGUACUUUUUCUCCUGCGCAGAGGUAAGCGGGUGUGCUGGGCUUUGUGGAACCUCACAAAAUGGCAGUCCCUGAACUGACUUUUCUCUAGAAACCAUUGAGACCCACACCCUCUUUUGUGUGUUCCUGGUUCUCAAAAACAGAGAACCUAAAUCAUUUCGAAGGCUUGGUUCUUUCAUUCAGUGUUAACAUUGGAGGGUC